AUGGAAUACCCUAUGCAAGAUUUCGAUUGUGAUUGUAAUUGCGAUCAGGAAACUACUUUUUUAUUGCCGAAUUCCUCCGCUAAUGGAAACGAAAUGGAGAUACGCUCAAGAGCUAACAGGAAUCCCAAGAGACGUCGAAGUAUAGGCAGCAUACUGUGCGGGUGCUGGUGUAUGUUUUUCAAAAAAUGCUGCGGCCCACGAGAGCUGAGAUCUCGAAACAUCCUGCUCGGGAAACCUACUCCGGGCCAGUUUCCUGCCAACGCCAUCAGGAAUCAGAAAUACAACGUAUUUACUUUCCUUCCGAUCGUGCUUUACCAACAAUUCAAAUUCUUUCUCAACCUUUACUUCCUAAUAAUGGCUAUCAGUCAAUUCGUGCCUGAUAUUCGUAUAGGCUAUCUUUAUACUUAUUGGGGACCAUUGUGUUUCGUGUUAUUCGUUACGAUAUGUCGAGAGGCCAUCGACGAUUGGAGAAGGUACAAACGAGAUCAAGAGGUUAACAAUCAGAAAUGUAAGAGAUUGUUAAAUGAUCCAAACAAUCCUUUCGAAACGGUCGCUGCACAUAAACUGAGGGUGGGAGACUUGAUAAUAGUCGAUAAAAAUGAAAGAGUACCAGCGGAUCUCGUCCUCCUUAGGACGUCCGAGAACAGCGGAGCCGUGUUCGUUAGAACGGAUCAGCUGGACGGAGAGACGGAUUGGAAAUUGAGAACGGCCGUGCCGGCGACUCAGAAAUUAGCCUCAGAUUGUCAAUUAUUCGAAAUCAAUGCUAGCGUGUACGCGGAGAAGCCUCAGAAAGAUAUACAUUCGUUUAUUGGGACGUUUAGUAGGUUGGAUUCAUCGAACACCGACGAAAGUUUAGAUUUGGAAAAUACAUUGUGGACAAAUUGCGUGAUAGCCUCAGGUCAAGCUACUGGAGUUGUAAUUUACACAGGACCAGAAACUAGAUCGGUCAUGAAUAAUUCUGUUCCGAGAUCUAAAGUGGGUUUAUUGGAUAUCGAAGUAAACACUAUUACUAAAUUGCUAUUUGCCGCUGUACUCGGCCUCGCUCUCAUCAUGAUGGCCUUGAAAGGUUUCAAUGGGCCUUGGUACCGAUACUUGUUUAGGUUCAUAUUGUUAUUUUCUUACAUCAUACCUAUCAGUUUACGUGUAAACUUGGAUAUGGGAAAAUCAUUCUACUCCUGGGCCAUCGGCAAAGAUCCGGCUAUGAAGGGCACAGCUGUAAGAUGUACAACAAUUCCUGAAGAACUCGGUAGAAUCUCGUAUUUACUAACUGACAAAACCGGUACACUUACACAAAAUUCUAUGAUUUUGAAACGGCUACAUUUAGGCACUGUUAGUUAUGCAUCAGAUAGUUUUGAUGAGUUAAGUACAGUGUUAAGAUCUUCAUACAAUACAGUCGAUAAUGUAAAACAUGGAUCGGAUAAAUUUAGAAGAUCUGAAAACUCUAGAAUCAAAGACGCAGUACAAGCGCUAGCUCUGUGCCACAACGUCACCCCUAUGUGCGAAGGAAACGAUAAAAAAGAUACAGAUUCCGGUUCUUUCGGUUCAGAAACCGAAGCCGAUCAACACCUUCAAAUACCGGACAACAGCGUUACUUACCAGGCUUCCAGUCCCGACGAAGUGGCCCUCGUGCUGUGGACCCAUCAAGUCGGCUUGACAUUGAGUCACAGAGAUCUCAAUUCCAUGCAACUCAGAACCCCCGACAGUCGAUUGAUGAAUUACACCAUCUUACAAAUCUUCCCGUUCACCAGCGAAACUAAGCGAAUGGGUAUUAUAGUGAAGGAUUUGUAUACCGGCGAAAUAAUAUUUUAUUUGAAAGGAGCCGACGUGGUAAUGUCCGCUAUAGUGCAAUAUACGGAUUGGCUGGACGAGGAGGUGGGCAAUAUGGCGAGGGACGGUCUGCGGACGUUAGUCGUGGCCAAAAAGAACCUCACCGAAGAGCAGUAUCUCGAUUUCGAGGCCCGAUACAACGCCGCCCGGCUGUCCACCACCGAUCGAGUGGCCCGCGUAGCGCAAGUAGUGGAAUCCUUGGAAAGGGAAAUGGAGCUGCUGUGCAUCACUGGCGUCGAAGAUAAAUUACAGGACAACGUGAGAGCCACUCUGGAGUUACUCAGAAACGCCGGCAUAAAAAUAUGGAUGUUGACGGGCGAUAAAUUGGAAACUGCGACUUGUAUCGCCAAAAGUUCGAGUCUAGUUUCGCGGACGCAAGGUCUUCACGUCCUGAAGAAGGUCGUUACCCGUACCGACGCCCAUUUGGAACUGAACGCCUACAGGAGGAAGCAAGACUGCGCUUUGGUCAUCAGCGGCGAGAGUUUGGAAGUUUGCCUGUCCUAUUACCAGCCGGAGUUUAUGGAAUUGGCCACGGCCGCUCCUGCCGUCGUGUGCUGUCGUUGUUCGCCUACUCAAAAAGCCCAAGUUGUUCAAUUGAUUCAAAAACACACGGGUAAGCGAACAGCGGCCGUCGGAGAUGGCGGUAACGAUGUGAGUAUGAUCCAACAAGCGGACGCUGGAAUCGGUAUAGAAGGCAGGGAAGGUAAACAGGCGAGUCUGGCGGGCGAUUUCAGCAUACCGCAGUUUGCCAAUUUGUCGAGGCUCCUGCUGGUGCACGGCAGGAAAUCGUACAAGAGGUCUGCGUCGCUGGCGCAGUUUGUGAUACACAGAGGACUGAUCAUUUCUACUAUGCAAGCGGUGUUUAGUAGCGUGUUUUAUUUGAGUUCUGUGGCGCUCUACCAGGGUUUCCUGAUGGUCGGUUACGCUACUGUUUAUACAAUGUUUCCGGUAUUCAGUUUAGUACUUGAUCAGGACGUCAGCGCGGAGAUAGCGCUUACCUAUCCGGAACUUUAUAAAGAACUUGCGAAAGGGCGAAGUUUGUCGUUUAAAACGUUCUUCAUGUGGGUUUUAAUAAGCAUUUAUCAAGGAGGAGUUAUUAUGUAUGGUGCUUUGUUACUCUUCGAGGAUGAAUUCAUUCACAUAGUCGCUAUUAGUUUUACUUCACUUAUACUAACAGAAUUAAUAAUGGUCGCCUUGAAUAUUAGAACAUGGCAUUAUCUUAUGGUAUUAGCGGAGUUGUUCUCGUUAGGAUUGUACGCGUUAUCUUUAAUCAUACUUCACGAUUACUUCGAUUCCGAUUUUAUAAGAACGAAGGAUUUCUUCUGGAAAGUGGUGGUCAUCACGCUGAUAUCAUGUUUGCCGCUGUACAUUUUGAAAUUUUUGAGGAAGAAAUUUUCACCUCCGAGUUACAGCAAACUCUCUUAG